AUGGCGUCUUUAUCCCAGCUCAAAGUCAGCUGGACAGCAAUCCUGGCUCUGGCCUACUUCACAUACCUGCUUGUGGGGGCUGCUAUUUUCCAAAUCCUGGAGAGAGAAGCCGAGAGCAACAACCGCAAUCAUUUUCAGCUGGAGAAGUUACACUUUUUAGCAAAUUACACCUGUCUGGAUGGGCCGGCUUUGGAAAAGUUUGUCCAGGUGAUUCUGGACGCCUGGGAAAAGGGAGUGAAUCCUUCAGGAAACUCCACCAACCCAAGUAACUGGGAUUAUAGCAGCUCCUUCUUCUUCGCAGGAACAGUAGUCACAACCAUUGGCUAUGGGAACUUGUCCCCCAGCACAGUGUGUGGGCAGGUGUUCUGUGUAUUUUAUGCCCUCUUUGGGAUCCCCCUGAACCUGGCCUUCCUCAAACAGCUGGGGAAGUGCCUCAUCAUCCAUUUAGGUCGAAUGGAGAAGGGAAUGGUCUCAGUCGUCCCACACAAGCGGACAGUUGAGGUGCUGACAGUGGUCUUGUUUGUGCUCUCGGGCAGUCUGCUGUUUUUGAUCAUCCCUCCACUCUUGUUCAGUUAUGUGGAAGGAUGGACAUUUGGAGAGGGCUUCUACUUUGCCUUCAUUACUCUCAGCACCAUUGGCUUCGGAGAUUAUGUUGUUGGCACUGACCCACACAAAGAGUACAUCUCUCUGUACAGAAGCUUGGCUGGGGUGUGGAUCAUUUUGGCUCUGGCAUGGCUCGCUCUAGUUCUCAACAUGGGAGCCAGAAUAAUGGAAUAUAUAGUUGUUCUGACACAUCCAGGUUUCAAAAGACAGCAGGAAGAUGAGGAAGUGUCAUCAACUAAACUAGAAGACAUUUCCAAGAUCUAAAAAGGACUGUAAAUGAAAGAACUGUAUAGUAUUAAUUUCACUGUAGGUGUGGGUGUGUAAAUAAUAUUUUGCAUUAAGUAUUGAAACAUUACUCAAGAGGAAAUUUAAAAAUAACUCACCAAUAUUAUGCUGGGGCAAUGAUACUCAAAAUUUUGAGGAUCUUCUUCAGCUGCAUAAAAUCAGUGUGAGUCCAAACAAAAGGAGACAUACUUGACAAAUGGCAAUAAAUAAGCAAUAAACAGUCAGUGUAUUAAUAAUAACAAUGUUUUAAAUAUUUAUGUUGUGGUAACAAAUUCAAGAUAAUGUGUGUGUGUUUUUUUCUAAUAUGUCAGAGGAGAAACUGUCCAAAAUGCUACCUC